CAAAGAUAAGGUCUGAGCCGUCUCACUCUGUGGCAGCCGACACUCAACUCCUCCGGUGCAGGGAACUCUGCAGGCACUGGGCAGCAUGCUGCCCACGAACGCCGCCCUCCUCCUCGUCCUCCUCUUGGAAAGUGGCAAAGGCCAGAUGCCCUGCCACAACGCCACGGAUCCCAGCUGCCCCAAGCCCUACCAGGACGUCUACACAAAAACCAGGGAUGUCACAGAGAUCCCAAAGUCCGCCAGUCCCAUCAUUACGGAAAUGUUCUUUGUGGAAACCAGCCUUGUUGAAAUCAAAGAGAAAGCCUUCCAAAACAUGCCUGACCUGGUGAAAAUUGACUUUAUCAACAACAAGAUCAAAACCGUGGAGGUGGGAGCUUUUGACAACUUGGGGAAGCUGGAGGAGCUGGAAAUCUCCAGCGCAGACCUAGGCAGCCUCCCCGUGGGCAGCUUCCGGAACCUCUCGCACUUGUGGAAACUGAACUUGCGGGGAUCUGGUAUCAAAGGCUUGGAGAAAGGACUCUUCGAGGGUCUUGGGAACUUGGAGCAGCUUUAUCUGCAUUUGAAUGAGAUCCCUUCUCUUCCUGAAGGUGCCUUUGACGGACUUCCCAAGCUGAAAUUGUUGCACUUGGCUGAAAACAAGAUUUCAAGCAUCUCGAAGGAUGUCUUCAAGCAACUGACUCAGCUGAAUACUCUCCGGCUCUAUCAGAACGAGAUCAGUGGCCUCACGGAGGGGAGUCUGGACAGCCAGCACAGCCUGACGGAGCUCAGUCUCAGGAACAACAGGAUCCGAACUCUGCCACCGAAUCUGCUGAGGAACCUGACCAACCUGGAGAAGCUUUCUUUGGGCAACAACCUGUUUGAAGCUCUCCCAGGUGAGAUAUUCCUUGGACUGAGAAAAAUGAAACAGCUAGAGCUGGCUUCCAACCAGCUGAAAGUGCUCCCCGGCCAGCUCCUUGUGGAGAUGCCUCUGCUCCAAGGUCUGGACCUGAGCAAGAACAAGCUCUCUUCUCUGGAGAGCCUGGUGCUGCAUCCUUUCCCAAACCUGACAACCCUCAAACUCCAGAGGAAUCUUCUAGAGAGCAUUCCCACGGGCCUUUUUGACAACUAUGGAAAUCUCAAAUCUGUGUACCUUGGUGAGAAUCCAUGGCGGUGUGAUUGUCACCUGCUCUAUCUCCACCGGUGGAUGAAAGCUAAUCCCAAAAGUGUGAAGGAUGCCGCUAAGGUCAAAUGUAGAAGCCCUGAUGGUCUGGCUGGGAAAGUGGUCAAAUCACUGACAGAAGACCAGUUCAUCUGCUUCACAACCACACCCAUUUCAGCCACCUUUGAAAGCACAUGGCUGCCCAGGUCCACUCUUCCACCUGCUGUCACAGGAGGAACAACUGCAACACUUCCCUCAGCCAGUAAACCUUUCACCACUGCUGUUGUUAUAACCACCACUGUCCUUGAGCCCACCACAAGCAGGACUAUCCCCACCAGUACAGAGAUGAUGACUACAACUCCUCAAAUUACCACCAGCACUGGGAGUCCCACCAAAACCUUGAAGACCAUGAGCAGCAGCAGCAGUACAACAGCCCCUGGAACUACCAUCACCACCACUGUCACCACAGAGACUCCAGCUACAAGCCCCCAAAUCACCACCCUCACGCAAAGUCCCACCUUAACUGAGACAAGCCCCAUAACCAGCAUCAAGAUUUCAAGCACGACCUCUAAAUCUGUCACAACCACAACUACAAGUCCCAAAGCAGACUUGCUCUCCUCUGAGAGUCCAUCCAUGACCUCCCAAAUUUUUACAGCCAUGUGUUUUCCCAGAACAGCCUCUGAAUUUCCCAGUAGCUGGACUCCCACCACUAUGCCUGACAUUAGCGCUGAGACAUCGCUUGCCUCUAGCUCAUGUGUCAGCUCAACCACAACCACUCCUUUCUCCACUAUCAAGAUAUCCAGACCAGCUUCUGAUACACCAACAAGCAGUCUGGAAGCCUCUGCCCCAGCACACGCAGUCAACACUGCAACCAGCAAGACAACCCUCACAACUCCACCGCCAACACCUUUGGAGACUUUUUCUUCCCCAGGGGCAUCUGCUGCCCCCGCAAGCACCGUGAUGUGCCUCUACAAUGCCAACACUCCAGGUGUAUGUAAUUCUGGCUCCUCGACUGCAGAACCAUCGAGCAAGCAGGAAGUAAUGGCGGCCACCAGGACUCCCACAGCCUCCACCUCCAGUGUGACGCAGACACAGGUGUCCAGUGUUGGUAUAACUACAACCCCUCAAGCUGCCACCACCAGCACAUCAACCAUCAGCGCAGCAAGGGCAUCACCAGGGAGCUCUGGGACCAGCCGCCCGCUUAGCGCCCCUUCGCUCCUCUCCCAGCCCCUGGCCUGGGGCUUUUCACUAAGUUCCAACUACCAGUACUGCAAGCUCUCCUUCCUGAUGUAUCUGUCUAUGCUUUGUGUUGAAAUCUGCUGUACCGCUGCCUUGGCAAGGUUUGUGUACGUGCUGUACAAAGCCACCUACUCUCUAGACGUGCCGCCUGGGCCUGUGAAGCUGCUGGAUGUGAAGCGCAGGCUAGAGAAGCCCUGAGGUGCUGCCUUGGCCGGCAGGGGAGCCCCCCCCCACCGUCCCCCCCCUCCUCCAUCUCCCCAGCAGAACUGUCUGGCAUCAGUGUUGGCAUCAGCAGGCAUCUGCCAGGACCCCGCCUCAAACGGGGCUCUCUCUGCCGCUGCUGCCCUGGACAGGCUGCCCACUGGCUUCAGAGGGAGAGGGUGGGGUGGGGGGUGAACUGAGCCACAGCGGAGGGCCGGAGGAACCAGGAAGCUGCCUUGCUCCCAGUCAGAUGCUUGGUCCGUCUGGGGUCUUGGGAUUGUCUAUGCACCUAUACCUGUGGGGCUGUCUGGUCCAUGUCUGGUUUAAAGAUAAAGAAACAUAUUAAGAAUGGAGAGCAGAGAAGGCCUUGAAGUGGUCCAUCCAUCCAUCCAUCCGUCCAUCCAUCCAUAGUGCCUGGACAGCAGACGGAGCAGCAUUGCACACAGGUGGUCACCUGGUCACUGUCUUCCCCAGUAGACUGACGCCUUAGCUAGACCUAAGGUUUAUCCCGGGGUCCUCCUUGCCUGCUCCCAGGAUAUCCUGCUGUGUGUCAUUUACAUGAACAGGGAUGACCCCGGGAUGAUCCCAGUAUAAACCUUAGGUCUAGCUAAGGCCUGAGAUGGGCUGUAUUUCUAUCUCAGAUUAAAGUCAUUAUUCCCAAAUUUGCAUCUAUACUGUGGCAAAUAUUGGGACCCAUAUUCCCCUGCCUGACCUAGAUAAGCCACUAGGACAGUUGUUCCCAAACUUUUUCAGGUCACCACCCCCUUGGUUCCACAAACUCAUGCCCAGUGCCCCCUACCCUACACUAUAAAAAUCAUUAUUCAGAAUAGCUGUUUUCAACGACCCACUAAGGAAGAUAAUAACAAUAAAAUUCAAAACAGUAACAAUUAAUUGAAUAUUUAUCCAAAAUCCAAUUGCAUUUUUCUAGUUCAAUUAAACAUAAUUGAUGAACUUGA